GGUAUUUUUGGGUUUUUCUCUUAUCUUUUUCGGUUUAGCUCCUUCUUAGGUUUCAUUCGUCGAUAUAAUUUUAGGGUUUUUCGUUCGUCGAAAUACAAAUAUUUUUGGAUUUUUCGUAAUUGCUGAAUCGGCUCAAUCAUCAGUAUUUUUUGUAGUAAACUAGCAUAAUAAUUGUUAAUUCGGCUCAUAUUAUCAAUUGACAUUUUGCAUUAAAUCAUUUUCGUUGCAAUUUUGAGUGUUGCAGAUGAGUGUUGUAACCGAUUCUCCUGUUAAUUCAUCAAGUAGUGAUGAUUUUUUGGCAAUUCUUGAUGCUGAGUUAGACUCUGCCUCCUCUGAUCAAUCCCCAGAUCAAGACAUUGAUGCUAAUGAAGAUAAUGAUAACGAAAUUGAAAGGAUCAAAAGACGCAAAGUGUCAGAAAUCAAAAAGGGGGAGGAGGUGCAAAGUUCAAGUUCCUAUGUGGUGGCUGAAGAAGAGAUAGAUGAAGAUGUCAAAGAUUCAUGUCCACAUCCGGGUUUCCUGAGAGAUAUGUGCAUUUGUUGUGGAAAGAGAAUGGAGGACAGUAAUGGUGUUGCAUUCGGAUACAUUCACAAGGACUUGAGACUUGGUAGUGAUGAGAUCUCACGGUUACGCAAUGCUGAUGUGAAGGCUUUGCUUCGCCGUAAGAAACUGUAUUUAGUACUUGAUUUGGAUCACACAUUGCUGAAUUCAACUCGAUUAGAAGAUAUAAAUGCAGAAGAGGAGUAUUUAAAGGGUCAAACAGACUCCUUUCAAGAUAUCUCAAAGGGCAGUUUAUUUCGACUCGAUAUGAUGCGCAUGAUGACAAAGCUAAGACCAUUUGUCCGUACUUUUCUGCAAGAAGCAAGUAACUUGUUUGAAAUGUAUAUUUAUACCAUGGGUGAGCGCCCUUAUGCGAUAGAAAUGGCAAAGCUUCUUGAUCCUGGGAGUGUAUAUUUUAAUUCAAGAGUUAUUUCUCAAGCUGAUUGCACUCAAAGACAUCAAAAGGGGUUGGAUGUGGUAUUGGGUCAAGAGAGUGCUGUUUUGAUACUUGAUGAUACAGAAGCUGUUUGGCAAAAGCACAAGGAGAAUUUGAUUUUGAUGGAAAGAUAUCACUACUUUUCCUCUAGCUGUCGCCAAUUUGGCUUUAAUUGUAAGUCAUUAUCAGAGUUGAAAGGUGAUGAGAAUGAGGCAGAUGGAGCACUUGCAACUGUUCUAGGAGUCCUUAAAAGCAUUCAUGAAAAAUUCUUUGAUCCUGAACAUGGAGAUGACUUUGCUGCAAGAGAUGUGAGACAGGUAUUGAAACAAAUACGGAAGGAGGUCCUCAAAGAUUGUAAGAUAGUAUUCAGUAGAGUCAUUCCAACAAAAUACCAAGCUGCGAACCACCAUCUGUGGAAGAUGGCUGAACAGUUAGGAGCAAAGUGCUCCAUUGAAGUUGAUUCCUCUGUUACACAUGUUGUUUCAACUGAUGCUGGUACAGAUAAGUCGCGUUGGGCACUUCAGCAUGGCAAAUUUUUAGUCCAUCCAAGGUGGCUUGAAGCUGCAAACUAUAUGUGGAAUAGAAAAUCAGAAGAUGAGUUUCCUGUUAGUCUAACAAAGAGCAAAUGACUUUUGUAGCUUUUUUUUUUGUAGGACUUGAGGUUGUUUAAUACGUGGUGUACAUGUAAUAGGUUUUGCUGGCUGACAUAGGAUUUCCUACCUCUUUAGAAUUUUGUUGGGAGAUGUGUAGAAGUCAUCCAUACAUUGAUACGGGUAUUUUUGAAGGUCUCUGUAUGUUAACAUAUUAAGAUUUAGUUAUUGUAGGCGUAAAAUGAAGUCGCCUACCUAAGCAUGUGGUAAA